AAAGAGAGAGAAAGAGUGACUGAGACUCUGAGAGAGCUUUGGUUUCAUAAAAAGAGAAAACGAAAUUAUAAAAGGAAAAAAAACAUCCAGAGAAGCGUUUCGAAACGCCAACGCCAGGGGGGGUUUAGGGAUUCGAUUCGUUUCGUUUCGUCUCGUCUCGUCUGUGUGUGUGUUUUGAAUUUUGGAGGCUAUGGCGGAUGAGCAUAAGGAGGAAGUGAGGGCGGAGUCGUUGGUGGAGAAGAUCGAGGAGAAGAUCCAUGGCCACCACGAUUCGCCGGCGCCGGAAGUCGUGCGCGAGAAGAGCGGCGGCGUUUCGCCGAGUUCGAUGAAGGACAAGGUUUACAGGAUCUUCGGCAGGGAAAAGCCUGUGCAUCAUGUCAUUGGUGGUGGAAAGUUGGCUGAUGUUUUCCUGUGGAGGGAUAAGAAGCUGUCGGGAGGUAUUCUUGGUGGAGCAACAGUGAUGUGGGUUCUCUUUGAAUUGCUUGAAUACCACCUGCUCACUUUGGUCGCGCACCUCUUGAUUGUUGCGAUAGCAGCAUUCUUCUUGUGGUCCAAUGCUUUAACAUUCAUUAACAAGUCUCCACCCAAGAUUCCAGAUAUUCAAAUUCCAGAGAAGCCGUUUCUACAGAUUGUCUCUGCAAUUACAUUUGAGAUCAACCGGGCUCUUGUUGUCAUCAGGGAUAUAGCUUCAGGGAAGGAUCUGAAGCAGUUCCUCUCUGCGAUUGCUGGUCUAUGGAUUGUGUCUAUCUUGGGAAAGUCUUAUAACUUCUUGACUCUGGUUUACAUAGCAACUGUGUUGCUGUUCUCAGUGCCUGUGUUCUAUGAGAAAUAUGAGGAUAAGAUCGACCCACUUGCAGAGAAGGCUAUGUUUGAGAUCAAGAAGCAGUAUGCCGUAUUUGAUGCAAAGGUUCUAAGUAAGAUUCCUAGGGGGGCAUUGAAGAACAAGAAAAUAUAGGGUUCACUGCAGCUGGUUCUAUUUGCUGACAUAUAUAUGGUAGAUGUGUUUUGCCAGGAUUUGUGAAAUUUUAUCCAUGAUCGGUUAGAAUCUGUGUUCCUUUUAUCUUGUUCUUUCAAUCUCUUGGAUGAAUAUGUCGAUUUUUCCGUACUUGUUUUGAUACACAUGAUAAUUUGUACCAUGUUCAUGGAUGUUUCUCUAUGAGUGACCUGGUAUUCAUAUUGGUACAUUUCAUAUUAA